CUCGCAUAUCAACAACAUGGGAACAAUAAAGCUACCUGUUCAUAAUCAUCCUUUGCUCUUCUCAGAUCGAUUUAACAAUGAAAGAUGUUCAGGCUGUGAAGUUUUUGGUUACAUUUACGGUGGCUAUGCCUGCAAUGAACCGGGGUGUGGAGCUAUGUUUCACAAAGACUGUGCUGAAUCCUUACCAGAGAUCAACCACCAAGGCUCACAACCAUCUUCUCAAGCUCAUCAUAGAUAAUAAAGUCUCUUGUAGAAUGUGUGGAUGCACUCGAAAAGUGGGUUACAGUUGUUCAACUUGUAACUUCACAGUGGAUUUGGCUUGCGUGAGGAGACGAUCUCCAUUGCCUGUUAUUGUACAUUCCAAGGCGCAUGACCAUCCACUUGUACUCGCAAAGGAAGUUUCGGCCAAUAUGAAUCGGUACUGCAAAGCAUGUGGCAUGCCGCAUUUACGUUGUUUACCUGUAUACGUAUGUGUUCGAUGCGAUUUGUUCUUUCAUAGAGAAUGUGUCAACCUCUUUCCCGAGAUAUGGCAUGCUUCUCAUCCCAAUCAUCCACUCAAGUUUGUCAUCACAGACAUACCUUCUAGUUUCAAAGAUGGACAAUGCCUUCUCUGUGCAAAAGCGUUGAGACGAGAUCUCCAACAUUGCGGUGUUUGUAAUUUCAGCAUAUGCUCAAGUUGUGCAAGAAAUCCACCACCAGUGGAUGUCAUGAGAAAGACAACCCAUGGACAUACACUUCACCUUGUUCCAAGACAUAUUGUCUUCACUUGCAGUGCUUGUGGAACGCAAGGUGAUCGGAGUCCUUACUUUUGUCUUCAGUGCAAUUUCAUGAUACAUCGAGAGUGCAUUCAUUUACCGCGCACCAUAAAUAUCAACUAUCACGAUCAUCGAGUUACUUACACUAGUUAUAUCGGACCUGGGGAUUGGACUUGUGGAGUUUGUCGCCGAAAGGUGGAUGAGGUUUAUGGGGCUUAUUCUUGUUCAAAAUGUCCUCAUUAUGUCGUUCAUUCAAGAUGCGCAACGAGAGAUGAUGUGUGGGACAAAAUAGAGCUUGAAGGUAUACCUGAAGACAACGAAGGAAUUGAGCCAUUUGAGGUAAUUGAUGAUAACACAAUUAAAUAUUUUAGCCAUCCUCAUAACUUGAUGCUCAUCAAGGAUGGUAUGGGUCGUGACGAAAGCAUAUGUUGUGAAGCAUGUACCUAUCCGGUGUAUUAUGAUCCAUUCUACAGCUGUGAACCAUGUGAGUUUUUUCUUCAUGAAUCAUGUGCUAAUUCUCUCCGAAAGAAGCGACAUGUAUGCCACAACCAAUUGUUUAGUCUUCACACAACCAAUGCUGAUUCUCCCGGGGAAUCUUCUAUUUGUUAUCUUUGUGAUCAAAGUUUCACUGGUUUCAAGUACAAGUCUGGAUAUAUCACUCUAGAUGUCCGAUGUGGUUCAAUUUCACAGCCAUUGAUCCAUGGAAGUCAUCCAGAUCCUUUAUAUUACAUAAAGAACAAAAAUCCCGAGAAGUGUAGCGCAUGUGAUGAGUAUUAUGUUGAGGGGUUCCGUUGCGACAAGUCUGAAUAUUACUUGGACUUCAGAUGUGCUCUUUUACCAAAAAAGGUUAUGAAACUUAGGUGCGACGAUCAUCCUCUUUACCUAGUUUUUGGUGACAACAUUGUAAAUGGUGAAUACUGGUGUGAUGUAUGUGAAGAGAAAGUAUAUCCAAAGAAGUGGUUCUAUACUUGUGACAUAUGUGGUGUCACUUUACAUGUUCUGUGUGUCGUAAGGAACUUCUCCCUUCACCAGCCUGAACCCCUGCUACCUAGACCUCUGGAUAGGCCUAGACGACGCCAGCCACCGCCCCUGCCAGGUGAGAUUCGCCCAUUUGAAGUAAUUCCUAACACUUCUAUAUGUAGACCCCAUUGCUCCAAGUGUCAUUCUCGAUGCACUCUCCCAUUUCUUCAGAAAUUUUCCAAGGAUGGAGUUCAUUUUAAAUUUUGUUCGACAAAAUGCUUUAUAAGCUUCUCCAAAUAAUCUCUCUUACAUUAUUGCUCCAAGCCAUGCCUUUCAUGUUUUACUUACAUCCUUCUCUACUUGGAAAUCUAUACUACUAUUAAUUGGGAAGCACACUUAGUAAUAAAAAAAAAUACAAUAAAACCAAUAUGCCAUACAAUGCCCCUACGAAAUAAAAAAAGAAAGAACAAGAAAAAAAAUAUUUGAGGGCAAAGAAGUAAUCUAAUUAAGUGAAAACACGCGGAUCCUUAGAUGUGCGAUAUUACUCUAUUCGGAUCCUGUUUAUGAUACAAUCAUUUCCAAACAGAUAC